AUGUCCUUUCUUCUACGAACCGCUACCGCGUUGCUCGCAUCUUGUGCAGCAGUCGUCUCCGCCGUGAACCCAAUCGAAGUCCGCUCUCAGAAUUUCGUCGAUGCGAGAACCAAUGAACGGCUCAUGAUCAUUGGUGUCGACUAUCAACCCGGUGGACAGGGCGGCUACAAGCCCCAGGAAGGACAAGAUGCACUCACCAACGGAACAGUCUGCCUGCGCGACGCUGCACUCAUGCAGCGGCUUGGUGUCAAUACCAUCCGGGUGUAUAACGUUGACCCCACACUCAGCCACGACGAAUGCGCAAGCAUCUUCAAUGCAGUCGGCAUAUACAUGAUUAUCGACGUCAACUCUCCGUUCGGCGGCGAGAGCCUCGAUCGCUCCAACCCGAGCGGAUCCUACACGCUGGGCUACCUUGAGAGGACGUUCCGCGUGGUGGAGAACUUCAAGAACUACCCGAACACUCUCGGCUUCUUCUCUGCGAAUGAGGUCAUGAACGACGUUGGAACUUCGUCAGACAACCCGCCAUACAUCAGGGCCAUCCAGCGCGACCUCAAGCGCUACAUCGCCGCGCACGCCGACCGCACCAUCCCCGUCGGCUACUCCGCGGCCGAUGUGCGCGAGAUCCUCGCCGAUCAAUGGAACUACUUCCAAUGCGCCAUCUCAGGCGAACGCGCCGACUCGCGCUCCGACUUCUUCGGCUUGAACUCCUACUCCUGGUGCGGCGGCGACGCGACCUUCCAGACCGCGGGCUACAACGUGCUGGUCGAGCUCUUCGGCAACACGACCGUCCCCGUCUUCUUCUCCGAAUACGGCUGCAACGAAGUCCAACCGCGCGUCUUCGAGGAAGUGCAAGCGCUGUACGGCCCCGAGAUGAGCGUCAUGAGCGGCGGGCUCGUGUACGAGUACAGCCAGGAGGAGUCCGACUACGGACUCGUGGUCGUCAACGCAGACGGCACGAUCCGCCUGCGCCAGGACUUUGGAAACCUGCAGGACCAGCUCAACAGGAUCAACAUUACGCUCGCGCAGGCGGCGAACAGCACCGCGACUGCCCUGACCCCGCCCGUCUGCGACGAGAGCCUCAUCACCUUCCCCCAGUUCAGCAAGAGCUUCGACAUCCCCGACGCACCCGAGGGGCUUGACGACGUCAUCAGCAACGGCGUCCGCGACGCGGUGCAGGGCAGCAUCGUCGACGUGACGGCCCGACGGGUCCCGAUGGCCGUCCUCGACGUCAAUGGCGCGAGCAUCGACGGCCUCGAGAUCGUGCCGGUGCCGCAGGGCGAGUCGAACACGCCGAGCGGGGAGAACACGGGCGGGGAUGCGUCUGGGACCGCGACGGAGGCCGCGCCCAGUGCGACUAGCUCGGCUGCGGCGGUGGAGAACGGCGUGAGGGCUGGGUUCUUGGGGGUUGCGCUGGGGCUUGCGGCGGCGGUCGUGGUAUGA